GGAAAAAGUUUUUCAAGCGGAACUUACCCAUGUCCAUAGGCAAUUAUACAAGAUAAUAUAGUGUUUAUUUUAGCUACGUAUAUCAGAUAUAAGUAAUUUCAUAAAACGGUAAACGUGGAAGUUCAUGAUUUACAAGUUAUUACGCUUUUAGUAGCAUAAAUGCCCUAAACACAAUCUGUGUUGAACUGUUGCCAGUGUUGGAAAAAUGGUUCAAUGGUUGCUAUUUAAAGAGAGUUGAAAAGAUGUGUAUCAGUGAUUUGGAGAUUAAACUGUUAUGAUUUGUAUACCCUGACAUUUUGGUCGUAGUGUUUUUAUAUUAUAAACAUCAAUUGUAUAUGCAUUAGGAGAGUUUAAUCAAUUCAAAUUAGACCAGUUACAACUAUAGACCUAUAUCAUACUUUAUGAAUAAAAUAGUUUAAUACUGUUUAUCACUAUUAAACUAUGAGGAAUAUAUGACUGAUUCUAAAGUUGAAGAAGGGGUUAUGAUAUCUCCCCUCCGUAAGUUGAGAUCACGAAUAAUGGCUGAUGGAUACAAGUAUAAAAUGUUGAAGGAAAUGUCAUUUGAGGAGGAACAACAUGGAGAAGGUCGCUUAGACAGAAAUUCUAGAAAUAGAAGGAAGAAUAUCACAUGUUGUUAUUGUUUUUGGUUUAUUAUUCUGAUAUCUGUUAUAUUAUUAUUACUUAGUAUGUUAUUGUAUCAACAGUAUUAUACAAAAGGCGUCUGUCUGACACCACAAUGUGUUGUGAACAGUGCUGAGAUUGCUUCAAAAAUGAACCUGACAGUUGAUCCAUGUGAUGAUUUUUAUGAAUAUUCAUGUGGAACAUGGUUAUCAGAGGCAGUUAUCCCCCCUGAUAAGAGCACCUACAGUAUGUUUGUUAAAAUCACUGAAGCUAAUACACAAGUUAUUCAUAAGACAUUGGUAGAAGAAAGUGAAUUGAAAUCAGAAGCUAUAGAUAAAGCUAGGGUAUAUUAUAAGUCCUGUAUGAAUACUAAUGUUAUAGAAGAUAAAGGUGUAGAACCUAUAUUUAAAUUGAUCAAAGAACUGGGAUCAUGGACAAUAAGCAGUAAUGAAAUAUCUGGACAGUGGGAUAGAUCCAAGUGGGAUUUGACUAAGAUUUUAAGUAUAAUGGCAUCCUAUUAUAAAACUCCAUUGAUUGGUAUCAGUCCAACAAGAGAUAAUAAAGAUAAUACAAGAUAUCUGUUAUAUUUUGACCAAGCAGGUUUGACUCUGGAUAAUAGAGAUGAAUAUUUUAGCAACAACACGAAGUUGAAGGAAGGAUACAUAGAAUUCUUCCAGGAAUAUGUUAAAUUACUUGGAGUCAAAGACAAUGUAACUGCCAAAAUUGAAGAAAUUUAUAAUUUUGAGAAAAAACUAGCUGAGAUUUUUACUCCAAAAGAGAAAAGGAUUGAUGUAGAGAAAACUUACAACAAGAUUAAGAUUAAAGAUUUACAGAAUAUAUUAAAUAAUGAAGUAAACAUUAUAAAAAUUCUUAAAGAUGGAAUGAAUGUAAGUGUUACCUCGGAAACUGAAAUAUUGGUACCGUUUCCUGAUUAUUUUAAAAAUUUAACUCUCUUAUUACAAGCAACAGAUAACGAAACCAUAGCUAAUUAUUUAGUGUGGUCAUUUAUUCAAAUGUUUCUUGGUUACCUGCCAAAUGAUUUUGUAAGAGUGGGGUUAAUUUUAGACUCUAUCGAACUUGGUAUCAAUGAUGUCAGCCCAAGAUGGCACCGGUGUGUGCAGAAAGCUUCACAAAAAUUUGGAUUUGCCGUCAGUGCCUUAUUUGUAUCAGAACGAUUUUCCAAAGAAAGCAGAGCAGAAGUUGAAGAAAUAUUAAACAAUAUUAAAGAAGCUUUGAUUGAAGAUAUUGAAGGAUCUGAUUGGAUGGAUAAAGAGACUGCUAACAAGGCUAUUGAGAAGGCCCGAGCUGUGAAAAAUAUGAUAGGAUUCCCCGACUGGAUCUUACAGCCUGAACGUCUGAAUGAAUAUUAUCAAAAGGUUUCUAUGGUAGAAAAUGAAUUUUUAGAAAAUUAUCUGAGAUUAAGAAAAUUCAGUUUACAGCAGGAUAUGGAGUAUCUUCAUAAGAAACCUGACCCUCUAGAAUGGGACAUGUUUCCUAGUGAUGUGAAUGCUUAUUAUGAUGCUUCAAAUAAUGUUAUUGUUUUUCCUGCUGGUAUUCUGCAGCCGCCAUUUUAUGAUCCAGAUAUGCCAGUGUCUGUUAAAUAUGGUUCUGUUGGUAUGAUAAUUGGUCAUGAGUUAACACACGGCUUUGAUAGUCAAGGACGGAAAUAUGAUGUUCAUGGAAACCUGAGCAAUUGGUGGUCGGAAGCGUCUGCUAAAAAAUUCCAAGAGAAAGCCAAAUGUAUGGAAGAUCAAUAUGGGAAUUAUGAUAUUAAUGAAACCAAACUAAAUGGUAUCUAUACCCUAACCGAGAAUAUAGCAGAUAAUGGUGGAUUAAAGCUAGCUCUAUCAGCAUAUAGAAUAUCAGGUAUUCAAGAGGAAAUACAACUACCUGGUUUAAAAAUGGAUACUUUACAACAGUUUUUUAUGGGAUUUGUUCAGCCCUGGUGUUCCAAGUCUCGUCCACAAACAUAUAAAAUGGAUAUUCAGACCGAUUCACAUUCGAUAAAAAGAUUUAGAGUUAUUGGUUCCGUAUCCAACCAUCCAGAGUUUGGAAAAGCUUUCAAAUGUAGAAAAAAUGCACCAAUGAAUCCAGAAUUAAAAUGCUCAGUCUGGUGA